AUGUCUACUGUGUCCGAAGACCUCAAGACAAGGGAACAAAUUGUUUUCACCAAGGGUGCAGUCGAGCGUGCUCUCGAUGCGCUACUCUCUACAAACUGGAAAGAGAUCAUGACCAAGAUCUAUAUGGUGGAACGAAAGAUGAAAGAGAAAGAGGAGGAGAGAGGGCGUAAAGAAAGAGAGCGUGAGGAGGAACAGCAUCAAGAGAAAGAGCGUCAAGCGGACGAGGAGCUUGGAGUCAGCAAGGAAGAGUCUGGAGUCUCAAGGCACGACGUGGAAGAGAUAAUACGACACGUCAAGGACCAACUAACAGAGAUCCGCGGCGCCCCGAGCGUCCAGAUGAAACACAUACCGCAAGACAUUCAGGGUUUGAGGGAUGAAGUCGAGGAGGAAUUGAAGACCAAGCGGCUAGACAAGGAGGAAAAGGCGGAAGAGAGAGACGGAGCUGGUGGCCUUGUGGGAAAAGCAAGGAGGAGGAGAGAGCUGGAGAGAAUGGGCGACGUAUGA